AUGCUUGAUCCUAUUUCAACUUUCAGGCUUGCGGCGUCUAUCCUUCAAUUCGUGGAUUUUGCUUCAAAGGUCAUUACUAGUACUGCAGAGCUACAUCACUCCUCUAGCAGAGCCUUGGCCAACAAUCUUGAGCUCUCCACCAUUUUCUCGGAUCUCAGUGCUAUCAGCACUGAUUUAAGGGCACGAAACCCUCAUCAAGAAACGCGUGGCUAUAGCAAGGAUGAGCUAGCGCUCAUAAGCCUUGCAUCAGAAUGUGAAGAAUUAUCAGACAAGCUCUUGCAUGACCUUGAUGGCUUGAAAAUCAAGGGAUCACACACGUUGUGGGCAAGCGCUCGUCAAUCAAUACGUAGCUUAUGGAAGGAAACUUAUAUUUCUGAUAUGUCGAAACGGCUAGAUAGUUUUCGAAGUCAACUGCUGCUUAGACUUUUAGCUCUUUUGAAUGACCGACAUUCUGCGAUGAGCGCCGCGUUCAUGGAAUUGCAACACUGUCAGGGUCGUGUGGAAACGAACACGGGACAGAAUUUAUUGGGCUUGAAAGACGACUUGCUAGCUAUAUCUCAAGAUAUUUGCAAACAUCAACAAAACAAUGAUAGAGGAUGGAAUCAAUUAUCGAGAACUAUUGAACAAGGAAGCACACUCUUUACCGAACGUGCAAUCCUUAAAACAUUGAGAUAUGAGGGGAUGAGUCGAAGACAGUCUAACAUCAUUGAGGCACACAUUGGCACUUUCGAGUGGAUAAUUAACCCUCAUCUAACGGGAUUCAUUGAUUGGCUCCGUGAAGGUGGUGACGUAUACUGGAUCAAUGGGAGUGCUGGCUCUGGAAAAUUUACGCUCAUGAAGUAUCUAGUUGGCCACAAAGUCGUCAAAAACGCUCUCACAGAUUGGGCCGACACUAAACCUCUUUUCACAGGCAAUUACUAUUUUUGGGGUGCUGGGAAUGGAAUGGAAAAGUCUCAACAAGGACUUCUGCGAUCUCUUUUAUACGAUAUUUUGGGAAACUGUCCUUCAGUCUUGCCAAAACUGUUCCCAGAUAGAUGGGUGUCGCUAAACCACGCAGGCAUCAACAUGGAUGGUUCUUGGUCGAAAGCUGAGCUUCUAGACGCGUUCAACCAGCUCACAAAAAACCAAGUAUGGCCGGGCAAGUUUGUUUUCUUCAUUGACGGUGUGAAUGAAUACAUGGGAGAUCCAUCAGAAACUGCACGUCUCUUGAAAGCAUUUGCAACAUCUGCAGAGGUGAAAGUUAUCGUCUCGAGUCGACCUUGGACAGAGAUCAAACGUUUUCCCACCCCACUCCCAGGCCAAUCAUUAAGUUUGCAAGACUUCACCCAAGAACAUAUUAAACACUACAUUCGUGACUUGAUAACUGAGGAUCCUGGUUUCUCGAACACACAAAUAGACGAGCGUUAUGGUAACUUCAUCGACAAAAUAUGCGACAAAUCUGGAGGUGUUUUUCUCUGGGUGGCCCUCGCUGUCCGGGAGAUACUGAAAGGAUUGACACAUGAAGAUACAAUUUCUGAACUCGAAGCUAGACUAGAAAGUAUACCACCCGGGCUGGAAGAGUUCUUUGAACGAAUAUUGGAUAGUAUCGACGAGUUUUACCGACCUCAAGCCUCGCAGAUCCUUCAGAUGUGCCUAGCAGCCGACGAACCACUCCCUCUCCUUACUUUUUCCUUUCUGGAGGAAGAACAAAAAAAUCCGAAUUAUGCAAUUGCGGAAGGAAUCAAUCCAUGGACCACUGAUCAUAUGGCAAAGGAGCUUGAGACUUUGAAGAUACGAGUAAAGGCUCGUUGCCGUGAUUCCCUGCAGAUUUUUGAGACAGGGCAAUGGCACGCCGGCAAUCCCGGUGUCUCUUUUUUGCACAGGACGGUUGAAGAUUUCUUUCUAGAGUCCAGAAACCAAACGCCUUUGCCUGAAUGGAUAAAUUAUCCUUACAAUCCUCAUAAUUACGUCUCGAUUGUCCGGAUACUUCUAGAAGCCAGAGCUGACCCAAAUUGGAUUGAUUACCAGGAGCCGCUGGGACGAAAUUAUGGCGGUCAUCGAAGCACCCUCUGGACAGCCUUUGUACGUAAUUUCUUCCGUCCAGACCAUGAAACUCCUCGCUUUACAAGUAAAUCAACACCAACAGUGCUACGGGUCCGGAGAGAAGUACUUGAAUUGUUUCUUAAAUAUGGCGCCGAUCCAUCAGCUACGGUCGUAUACGGGCCGCCGGAUGCAACUGAGUCUGUAGGCCAUUGUACUGUGUCUGAGUAUCUUGAAAAGACGCUGCCUGAUUCAGCAGAAUGCUGUAAUCUCCUUCUUGAGUACAAGAGGAAGAAUGAAUCAAGAAAUUUGUGGGACGUCUUCCCUCUUCUCCCAACGACUCAAUAUCAAAUCAAUGAUCCCAUGACCGGCAUCUCUUCGUCUAUACUCGUCUGCUCUUGA